UUGCACGUCUUUUGCUGCAUCUAACGUUAUCUAAUAUUAUAGGUACAUAUAUCACCUCGAUUCUAGAAUUGAAUGAAAAGUUAUUCGAAACACGGUUUUGAAUUACAAUGUGUUUCCAUUCAGAAAAAGUGAAUAAAUUCAACAACAGCAGACCUCGUGAACGACAAAGAUGAUGAGUAGGUGUGAAGGAUUCAAUUUAAUAAAACACAGCUUAUUUCCCGUUUUACUGAAGGCACUAAGUGAAAUUGUAGUGAAAUAUUCAAUUUGUGACUGUGUCCAACUUUUCGACAAAAAAACAGUGAAAGUGAAUUUGUUGGAAGGAUAAAAACCUUAAGCACGGAGCAAUUUCUCAACAUUCGGAAACUUGUCUCCUUACAUGGAAAACAGAACACGCUAAUUAAAUUUAUGGAUAUAAUGUUUAAUCGCUAAUUAUUCGAUGGGAUUUCUGUACCUUGAGCAUAAUAUUGAAACAUCAAAGACUUUUGUGAGUUGUCACCAGAAUGAUGGAGAAAAUUUGAUUCGAUACCAGAAAAACAGAGAUAAUUGGAACAAUUUUGUGUGAUGUUCACCAUUCAGAAAGUGACUAAAAGAAUUCGAAUGCGCAAUGUUUCGAUCCAAAAAGAAUAUCUACCCUUUAGAAGAAAUACCGACAAUCAUCAUCAACAGCCCAUCUGAUGAAAUUAAGAUGAGUGAAACAUCGUUGUACGAAAAAGAUGACGAGGAAGAAGAAAAAGACGAGUGCAAAAGGCUGAUGUCACUCAGGAGGAACAGUAUAUCGUUACCUAAUUUGGAUGAUAUGCACAUUAUAAACGAUCAAGUAGAAAGAGUGGAACAGGAUAAAUUGGAAAAUAUUCAAGAAUCUAACAGCGACCUGGUCAAUGCCAAUGAAAUAGGAUUCAGAAUUCCUCUGCGUAAUGCUAGAAGAAAAUCUGUUACUAUCCCAAAGAUGCUCAGAGCAACAGGAGAUGAAGAAUCUUCACCAGCGAACUCAAUCACAUCCAACAACUCUCUUUCGAGCUUGCUUAGGGAAAAAAUGCAGAUGUGGGGACCAUCAACCUUCAAAAAGAAGAAAAGCCCAGAUUACAAAAUAAGGAUAUUCGUGGGAUUCCUCCUAUUAACCAUAGUAUUUUUAGUCAGUUUCGCUUACGUCUUAUACCAUCAGAAAGUACUCCAAAGGGCAUACUUCGAAAGGAUCAAAUUCAAUCAUGUCAAAAGGAUGAUGAAAAUUUUCAACGAUGAUGGAUUGGCUAUAAUAAACGCCAAGUUGGGAACGACGUUGAACUUCGACGCUGUACAUCCGUGUUUACCGAAAGAUCAGAUAGAAAAGAGCAUAUGUCUGGAGUGGAUGCAGAGGGCGAGGUUGUAUCUGAAUCAUCACGAUUUCAGUUCGGAGGUGAAGUGUUACAACCUCAGAUGGGUUGCUUUGGGCGAUAAUGGCGAUCUAACGGAUUGCUUCGAAUUCUCCACUAACGAACAUUGGUACGGGGGUGGUCAAAAUGCGGAGUCUGCUUGGCAGUUGGAAAAGGGACAUCAUGAGUUUUCACCAUUCAUAACAGGUAACGUGGACAAGCACGAAUGGGGAAACGUCCUGAAAAGGUUCUUCAUCAGUUCGAAAGGAGCUGCCAUUCUCGUAGACAACGUCACGCCCCUCUACACUGCCAUAACAGGAACUAACAACAAGCAACUCUGCCUCAAAGCUCAAUACGACGACUUUGCCUACGUGAAUCACGUGACCGAUACUCCUCAAUUGAACUACAGCAUAUGUGUAGCUUCCAACACCCUCACACUGCAUUCAAAUCUGAUCGAGAACACCCUUUGGGAUGGCUUGAAGCAAGAAGACCUCAAUGUCAUCAAUUCCUUACUUACGGAACCUCUCUGGGAGAUUACAGGGCCUGGUCUACUCACUGAAGACACAAUAAUCAAUUACACAGAAGAAGUGAUCCUGUUGGGUUUUCUCAAGCAAGGCCAUGUCCUCAUCAACGAAUUCUGGCAAAAGCAAGUUGGCGACUUUACCGUGGACAUCGACAGAUUCUCGAAACUGGAUGAGGUGAUCGAUGUGAUGCACAGAAGAGGUUUCAGGAUAGUUUUCUCCAUACAACCCUAUAUAUCGACUGAGAGUUCAAACUUUGCCGAGGCUGUGAGACAAAGGCUGCUCGUAUCCGAGAGGUUUAGUGAUAGAAGAAUUCCGGCCUUGACAAGAUACAAGUCGCUGCAGAGUGCGGGAGUUCUAGAUCCUACAAACAACAGAACUAUGCCUUGGUUGUUGGAAAAACUGAAGAAUGUAACUGGAAAGUAUAAAUUCGAUGCGUUCUACUUAGACGUUGGGGUAGCUUACGAUAUACCGCACUACUAUCAAUGUGAUAAGCCCUUGAUUAAUCCAGAUCACUACAAAACCUUGCUCACGGACAGUUUACAACAUAACAUCAACUUGUUUGGAGUGAACAGCGCUGUGACGAGACCUAAAGCACCGAUUUUCGUGUCCUUGCCCCAAUUCGAAUCUUCGUGGGAUGGUUUGAGGAGAGUCAUUCCAACUAUUUUGUCUUAUGGACUACUGGGAUAUCCGUUCCUGAUUCCAGGAGCAGUGGGAGGUGAUUUCGAAGACGUCGAUAUGUUGGAUGUUAACGCAUCUACGAAGUUACUUCCAGACAAAGAGUUGUAUAUGAGAUGGCUGCAGCUGGCCACUUUUUUGCCUGUUAUAAGGUUCACACGUCUUCCUAGCACCUAUGGGGAUCAGAAUGUUUUGGAAAUGGCCAAGAUAUCGACUUCUUUGAGGCAAAUGAAGGUUUCACCCCUUCUGAAAAAGUACGCUAAAAUUGCAUUAGACACGGGUCUUCCUAUGGUAAGGCCAUUGUGGAUGAUGGACUCCAAUGAUCCUUCCUGUCACUCAGUGGUAGAUGAAUUUUCAAUAGGAGACGACUUAAUAAUAGCUCCAGUCUUAUACUCUGGUUCUAGACAGAGAGAAGUUUACCUUCCAGCUGGAGUGUGGAAAGAUGGUAUAGAUGGAAGUUUCCGCAAAGGUAGCCGAUGGAUCCAUAACUACAAAGUCGAAGAAGAUAAAGUUGCUUACUUUGAAAAGAUGCCCGAUAAUACCAGACUUUAGCGAUAUACCUACCUAUCAACAAUUUUACAUAUUUGAGUUGAUGUGAUUGAAUGUAUUUUUAAGAAUUUCGAAUGUGAUACCUCUUAUUUCAUUAAUAUAUAGAUUAAAACAUGAA